AACUUAUCGAGAAAUGAAAGAAUAUUCAACUGCACUAAUAUUUCAUAAGAAAGCACUUGAAAUCCGUGAAAAGCGACUACCUUCAAAUCAUCCAGAUCUGGCUGUAAUACAUCAUAAUAUAUCUAAUGUUUACCGAGCAACUCAACAGCAUAGUGUGGCAAUUGAACAUGCAGAACGAGCCGUUGAAAUAGCACAACUAAAAUUACCUGAAGAACAUCCAUAUGCAGUACAGAUUCGACUUCGCCACCCCAGAAAACCUCGAAGCAUUAUCACUAUGAUCGGAAGAUUGAGCUCUAUUUGUGGAUCAAUUGGAUUAUGGGCCAAAAUCUAA